AGUCCGUGCUGCGCACACUUCGAUGUAUUCUGUCCGUGUAUCUUAGACGAUUACUCGGUUCCGCAAUGUCUACUGCUGUACCAGACGGAGGAGUGAAAUUACUUCAAAAUGCUAUGAAACUAGCCAAUGUGGCCAUAGAACUGGACACUAACAACAGACACAAGGAGGCUUAUUGUGAGUACCUGCGGGUCAUUAACUUUAUUUCCCAAGCACUUUUAGAGGAGGCAAUACCCAAAGAGGAGUGUGAUAUUGUGACACCAGACACACAGAAGAUGCUGAAGUUGGCAGAACAGUGCUUAGAAAGGGUCAAAUCGACAACAGCUAAACUAAGUAAAAUGGAGGUGCAGCCUGCUGUGCUGGAGCCACCCAAACCCUCCCACAAGCCAGGGCAUCGCAGAGUCCUCUCCGAUGGAGGAGAAACGGCCUCCCCCUUCCUUCCCCCUGAGAUCUUCCAAAGAAUGCAGAUUUUAGAAGCACACAGUGCCAGAAAGGAGCUCACUCCGAUAGAGGAGGCAUCGAGGCUAAACCAGAAGCUGAAGGCUACUUAUGAGGCUCGAGUUGCUCGUCUGAACCCCAACCAAGCCAUGCAGAAAACCUCACUGACAUUGUCCCUUCAGCGUCAAAUGAUGGAGAAUCUUAUUAUUGCAAGAGCAAGACAAGAGGCACUUCAGAGGAGGAUGGAAGAGAGGCGGCUGAGGUUGCAGGAGGAAGCCAAUAGGAGCUUUUCCAGUUCUACAUCUCUAACCCCUGAAGAACAGGAGCAGAGAAUCCUAUAUGCCAGCAUUCUGGAGUACGAGCAGGAUCAUGAUUGGCCAAAACAAUGGAAAGCAAAUCUAAAAAAAAAUCCAAACGACCUCUCUGUGGUGUCUGGUCUUAUCUCUUAUAUCUUCAGCUGUCCAGAGCAUCCUAUAAUGAAGCUCCUGAAGAGACUGCAGUACAGGAUUUACAAUAAGCUCUACCCCAUUGUCAGCAAGGUCACGGCCCCUGAGUCGCCAUCCACAUUCACCUGCAGGGGCCGCAACAUGAAGUCCUCCCAAAGCAUCCACUGUAUGCAGUCAGUUCAGGAAAACAACAAAACAAACAGCCAGAAACUAAGACACAGUCUUUCAGUCACAUCCCUGCCCAUCAUUGAAGACUACAAUGCCAACACGUGUGCUAAAGAACAAACACAAACUGGGCAAAGCACUAAAGAGGACAAGUUAGUGCUGAGCAUGGGAGAGCGGGACAGUUCUUUUGAGGAUUUGGAGCAGUUUCUGUCCCAAUUUGAGUGCCCGCCCGCCAGCCUGCCAGAUCUGUCCGAACCCGCUGUGGAUGUGGAUCCCCGGAUUCUCAACCUGGAGGAGGGGGCGCUCCGGACACACCUCAGGAGCGUUGUGAAGGAUAUCCACAACUCUAUAGACCGGCUGCUGUCCUUGUAUAUUCUGUCCUUUGAGCCCCUGAACACGGCUGCCUCCAAGGACCGGUGCCUCGCCAGCAUCGAGGAGGCUUUCUUCCCACCCAUCUGGCCCUUGUUGUUGGCUCUCUUUAGAAAAGUUUACAGACAGAGAGAGUUGGCUUUUGAAGAGAGUAUGAGACUGUACAGAAAUAGUAAACCUGGAGAUAUGGGUGUUGCAUCUAAACUUUGCCCCUCAGAAUCUGCUCCUGGUUCUUGCCCUUAUGAAUCUGCUGUGCAGGAACUGAGGCUAAUCUCAAAAGAUUGCUGUCCACAAAAGAAACUUGAGUGUGUUGUGCGAACCCUGCGUCUGAUCUGCGAGUGUGCAGAGGAGUACCGCACCUCCCAUGAGCCGGCUACCUUGCACAGCUCUGCGGCCAUUGGUGCUGAUGACCUGUUGCCCAUUUUGUCCUAUGUUGCCCUGAAGAGUGACCUGCCACAGCUGGUGUCCGAGUGUGCAGCGCUGGAGGAGUUUAUCCAUGAAGGCUAUCUGAUUGGUGAGGAGGGAUACUGCCUGACAUCCAUGCAGAGUGCAGUGACUUAUGUGGAAUCUCUGUAUAAAGGUGGUGCCUUGAAAUGAGUCUCUUCCUUGAAUAUGUGUGUACACACACACACACACACACACACACAGUCUAACUUCACUAGAACGAACCCCCAGGACCUGGAGAAAUGUUUGUUAUAGUUUGUGUGGUGAUGACAACGGUUGCAAACGUCACACAUGAUUCGCACUACAAUAGGUUAUCUAUGAAUCGACCUAUCUUUGAAUUAGCCUACGAAGGUCUUUGUUUUCACCUGAGAGAAUAACAUUCACAAUGGAGAAAGUUCAGUGUCACUCACUACCGAGAUCGUUUUAUCCAGGUAGAUUUUGUAAAAGUGAUCGUUCUAAUAGGGAUAAUUUCUAUUGAAAAGAGCGGUUCUUGCUGAUUGGGUCAUUAAAAGGGGGAUCGUCAUAAGAAGGGUUUGUUAUAGUGAAGUUAGACUAUGUGUGUCUGUAUGUAUGUGUGUGUGUGUGAGUGUGUACUUAUAAUGUAUGUACACACACAAUUACAAAUUGAAACCCCCACAUUAUGAGCUGUGAAUAGUUAUUUUAGUGUUUUAAUAGAUAAAAACAGAUUUUAUUGAAUAGUUGCCUUUUCUUCCCUACCAUUUAACUGUCCACCAUGAAGUGCCCUACCACUUCUUUGAGUGCUUAUUGUUAAGACUCCCUUGUUUUUGAAUACCAAUGCUAAUGGUUCAGUUAAUCACAACAGGCUAAUAUUUUAACAUGCCAUGUCUAACCAAUUUAUUCUCUAAAAUGAACAGACAUUCUUUAAUAGGGCAGAUAAAUUGUGAAAUCUAUGAAAACACUUCUAUUUGUAACCCUUAUAGGACUUCUGAUAUUAGAUCUACUAAGAUUUUAGUUAUGUAGCCCACACUGACUUUUUUUUUUCUGUGAGGUUUUGGACUUUUAAAUAACAUAAAAAAAUCCUGAAUUGCACUAAUGUUUUGAGGGAAAGUGUUACUAUAUAUUGUCUUCCUGAUUUUAUUGAAGUCCAUUUAGGCUACCAAACAGUGACAGUACACUUUCAGUUAUUGCCUCUAAUGUUUGGUACACAGCUGCAUUCUAUGAUUACUUCAUUAAAGUUCCAUUACAGGUAGUGGCCAAUAAAAUGAAUGGUGCCACUGCAACAGUUUUAACCUCUAGACAUAUCAUUGAUACAGAUCUUUACAUAUACUUUUUACUUCAUUAACAAUCUAAUUUGAUAUGCUAUUCUGCUUGCCGUGUGCAGAAUGGGAAUACUACAUUUCUAGUUUUGUUUUGUCUUUUAAAUUUUGUAGUAUUUCUCUCAGGAAGCUCUCAAUUUUGGUGGUGUGCAAAUUGGCUGUCAUUAUUCUGAACAAUAGUCUCUUUCUGUGUAAGGUACUCAUGAUUUAAGAGGCAUGCAUACUGUAAGGUGCAUUAGAAAAUAUUUACAUUAUAAAAUAUGCUGUUUCUUUACAAGAGAGUAGCAUGUCAAAACUAGUGUUUGGAGCCUACCUUAGCAACUAAUUCAAAGCUCACACAGCAAUCAUGGAAUAAUGUUUUCUUAAUGUUUGUGUUGAAUUUGGUGCUCGCACACAAGAGCAGAGCUGACAGACUUAAUGUACAGCAGUUUUAAUGUUUGUUUAUGCACUGUAGGAGUUGCCCUCCCCAUGUGUAUAGCUACCUGUGUGUUUGUGUCUGUGUGGAUAGAAAUACUGGUAUCUGACACAUAACUAAUGUGUUUUAGUUAUUUACUUUAGAGAUGAGGUAUCUUUUGCAUUGUUUAACUUUUGUUAAUGUAAACUAUGUAAUUAGAUGUAUUUGCAUGUAUAAUAUGAAAUAGCAGCAUGUAUUGCCUGAUAUGAAUGUACAGUUGUAUGUUUUGCUACCAUUGUGUUUGCCUUAAAUGCACCACUGGUACAAAAGACAAUAAAUAUAUAUGUAUAAUAAAACAAAGGUACCAUCUUGCUUAA